CUGAAGUAGGUUGUUAUUUUGUUUCCUUAACGAUGGCAUGAAGUACGCGCAGCAGAAGAGAGGAGGCAGAACUGCGAUCUUUGCAGGUACCUGUGCCGAUGAACCUGUGCCGACGGUUUGCUUCGAUCUCUCUGACAGUGUCCGGCCAUCUCAGAGCCAGUUUGCCGGCCGUGAGCUGCCGCCGACGUCCCAAAGCACGCCCAUGUCCUUCUCUUUGUCAGCUCCAAGCCUGGAAGAACACUACGGUGCAUUGCUUCAAAGAGAAGAACAGGCCCAUCAAAGAACGGAGGAGAAGCUUCGCAUGGCCCAGGAGCAGAUGCGGCGAAUGCAAGAUGACCUCCAAAAGCGAGAGUUGGAGUUUGAGGAGGAAAAGAAGGAGCUUAUGGAUAUGAUCGACGAAAAGGAAGAGAUCUUAGCGUGGGAGCAAAGCCAACUCGAGCAACGAGUUCAACAGGAACGAGAACUAGCCAAAGCUGAGAACGUUCGCUUAAGAGAGCGCGUGAAGAAGCUGAACAUGAUCCAGAACAACUUGCUGAAACAGGUCUCUAUGCUCAUGACAGAGCGAGAGGAGUUGAAGCGCCUCGAGCGUCGAAAAUCACCCCGAGGCAAGACUUCAUCCUUGACCUCUUCAUGCACAUCUCUUGGUGCUCCAGGAAUGAGUUUUGAUCGCAUGGCUGAACUGAACGCAUUCGUAAAAAAUGGAGCGCACAAGAAUGGCGAUGCCAAAGUGCAGGAACCAUUUGAAGAGAUGCUGCGAGAGGUUGAAGCAGGGGCUCAGGACAGUCCUGAACGUUCAGUGUCAGAAAGCGUGCGAAGUCGGAACAGCCAGGAAUUGCUUCGGCAGAUCCGGCAACAGACUUGUUGCUAUGCGGCCACCCGUGCUGCUGUAUCUCCCCGGCCGGUUUCACCUGGACUACGCCGAAGAGAUCCAGGCAUCCCGAGCUAUGCGGAUGUUAUGGCUUUGCCACUUAAGGAGAGUGGAUGUGGCUCCCCAGAAAAGCAGGACGACUUGAUGCAGUCCUUCGUCCAACACUUUGCAGCCUACACGCGUCAAAAUGAUGCUAGCCCGGCCUCUUGAGACCGAGAGCCAAAGCCUUGUGCUGGUCGAAGAGUUCCACUGAGCUGGUUAACAAGCCAAGACAUGGAACAAAGUUGAACAAAGGCUGCAGCAUGUGCAGUGAGAAACGCUGGCCGGCAAUGGUUUUGUUGGCCAAGAAGAGGCUAGUUGCUGGGCAAAUCCCACUGUGACAAGCAAGCGUGGCAGCUGGGCUUGUCCUGGCUAUGCCUCGUGAAGGGAUAUUGCACCCAGGACGCCUCUUUGUCAUCUCAAAGCAGAUGUAUCCAUUUGGGUUGACUGCCUGGUCAAACAUGAAUGUCUUGCUCCGUGAAUCUUUCUCUAUAUAUGAAUUGAACACGAACACGUUCUCAAGAAUCUCCACGUUCGCAAAGGCAGCGGUAGAGAUCACAGUUACAACACAGCGUGUCACAUGUUCCAGGUUCGUGAGCCUGAUUCUUUUUGACAAAUCAAUUUUUAAAGUUGAAUCUCCAGACGGCUUUUGUUCAGGUGCUUCUGUAUGCC